AUGGAGAGGAGAGGACUUGAAAGUCAAGCCAAGCACAGAUUAUAUGGAGGCAUUUUCCAAUCCCAUUUACCUUUUAGAAGCCACCACAACCUAAUUAUCACUUUCCCUGCAAUUGUGCAUCUGAAAAUUUUCUGUAGAAUGAUAACUUUGAUCUUCCAUUUCUUCCUCUUCUUGAUCACUCCUUGUGUUACUAACCUCAUCCCUACUGUUCACAGCAAAUGUAUUGAAGCCCAGAAAGAAUCAUUGCUCAAUUUCAAGAAAAGUCUUGUAUUUAAUUCUUCUUCUUCCUCCAAGCUCAUAACAUGGAAUUCGAAUACCGAAUGCUGUACUUGGACCGGAGUAACUUGCAGCACUAAUGGGAGUGUUGUUGGACUUGACAUCAGUAGCGAGUCUAUCUCAUGCAACAUUGACAAUUCCAGCAGUCUUUUCCAACUACAACAUCUUCAGAGACUCAAUUUAGCCUAUACUAAUUUCAGUGGCUCUUCAAUUCCAUCUGCAAUCGGAAAGCUUAUAGAGUUGAGGUAUCUGAAUUUAAGAGGGGCUUAUUUUUCUGGGAAAAUUCCAAUCGAGGUUGCACACUUAACGAGGCUGGUAGUUCUUGAUCUCUCUUAUAAUUCCUAUCCCUUUUUUGCUGAGAACCAGAAUUUGAGCAUGCUAAUUCAGAACCUCACAGAGCUUACAGAAUUAUAUCUUGAUCAUAUAAACCUGUCGGCUGAGGGAUCUCACUGGGGCCAAACCAUAUCAUCUUCACUCCCAAAGCUGAGUGUGUUGACCUUGUCCUUUUGUGAUCUUCGAGGCCCUAUUCAUGAAUCGUUUGCCAAGCUUGAUUCUCUAUCCACGUUAAUAUUGUAUGGAAACAAUAUCUCUGGUCUGGUUCCAAAAUUCCUUGCCAAUUUUUCAAGCUUGAUUUCCUUGAGUCUCUCCGCUUGUAACUUGUACGGAGCAUUUCCCAAAGAGAUAUUCCAGGUACCUACACUAAAGUCUGUUGACCUAUCAGUUAAUUCAGAGCUUCGUGGUUCCUUACCUGAAUUUCUAAAGAAUGUAUCUCUUGAAUCCCUAGUUCUAUCCAGGACUAAGUUUUCAGGUGUCUUGCCAGACUCUAUUGGCAACCUUGAAAUGCUGUCUAGAUUAUAUGUUUCAGAUUGCAAUUUCACAGGGGCAAUUCCAAAGUCACUGGCAAACCUAACACAAUUGAGGUUUUUGGCCUUGUCAUCCAACAAGUUUUCUGGUUCGAUUAAUUAUAUUCAAUGGGACAAACUCAUCAAGCUUGAGCUUCUCGACUUGUCCAACAAUCUUCUUUACAGGAGUAUUCCAUUGUCUCCCUUUUCUAUUCGCUGGCUGCGGAGGUUAGAUCUUUCUGGAAAUCACUUCUCUGGUCAGGUGCUUGAAUUUUCUAAUGUCUCUUCGUACUUGCUGUACAUACUUGAUUUGAGUAGCAACAAUUUGGAAGGAUCAAUACCCGUGUCUAUCUUUAAUCUUCUAGGGCUUCAAGAGUUAAAUCUUUCUUCAAACAACUUGAGUGAUUUUCCUUUUUAUGGCCUUCACGAGUCGAGAAAUCUUUCAUUUCUUGAUCUAUCCCACAAUAGCUUGUUGUCCAAUCAUAAUGGUACCAACUCAUCACACCCCUCCCUCCUUCAGAUUCAGGCCUUGAAGUUGGAUUUUAACAAGUUGAAAACAUUCCCAAAUUUCCUGAAAAAUCAAUCUAGUUUAGCCUACUUGGAUCUUUCAGACAACCAGAUUCCAGGUCAGAUACCCAAUUGGAUAUGGGGGCUUCCUCUCAAAACUCUAGGUCUCUGUUGUAACAAGUUGGUAAGUCUAGAAGCCCCUUUACUUGGUUCUACUUACAAUCUGUUGAAUAUUGAUCUUCACUCAAACCAGCUUCAGGGACAAAUACCAUUGUUCAUAAGUGGUAAUUAUUUGGAUUACUCAAGAAAUAAUUUCAGCUCUAGCAUACCAACUGAUAUUGGUGAUUUCAUUUCUUCCACGGCCUACCUUUCUCUUUCAAGCAGUAACUUGUAUGGGGAAAUUCCAAUAUCAAUAUGCAAUGCAAGUGGCAUAGUUCUUGAUCUCUCUAAUAACUCUUUGAGUGGAAUCAUUCCCCAAUGCUUGACUCAGGCAUCUUCGCUUAAUGUCCUUGAUUUGAGGAGAAACAACCUUAAUGGAUCUAUCCCCGAUACUUUUCUUCAAGGUUGUAAUUUGCAAAGUCUAGCUCUGAGCAGAAAUCAUAUACAAGGUCGAUUUCCAAAAUCUCUAGCCAAUUGUUCAAUCUUAGAGGUUUUAGACCUUGGAGUCAAUCAAAUAAUAGAUGUUUUUCCCUGCAUGUUGAAGACCAUAUCCACCUUGCGUGUCCUUGUGUUGCGAUCCAACAAAUUUUAUGGACCCAUUGGAUGUCCUGAGACCAAUGGCACCUGGCCGAAGCUUCAAAUCAUAGACUUAGCUCAUAACAGUUUCAAUGGUGAAAUACCCGGUAUGUCAUUGACAACAUGGAAGGCAAUGAUGGUUAAUGAAGAUAAUUACCAAUCUCCCCGUAGCUUUUGGUGGGGAGCAGGUGGUGGAAGUGGGCACUCUAUUCAAUUGGAAGAUGUAGUAACAACUACAAUCAAAGGUCUAGAGAUGGAUCUUGUAUAUAUUUUAACUAUCUUCACUUCGAUUGACUUCUCUGGUAACAAGUUCAGCGGAACAAUACCCAAGGAAAUUGGCCUACUGAGAUCAUUACAUGUCCUUAAUCUGUCCAGUAAUGCUUUCACAGGCGAAAUCCCAUCAUCCUUUGGUAACAUGAGAACCAUCGAGUCCUUAGACCUCUCACAAAACCACCUGAGCGGCCAAAUUCCACCACAAUUUGCAAAUCUCACUUUUCUUUCGUACUUGAAUGUCUCAUAUAAUCAACUGACGGGAAGGAUCCCAACCGCCACUCAGUUAUCGACAUUUCCAAAUACCUCCUUCGAGGGUAACAAAGGAUUAUGGGGGCCUCCUCUGACAUCGGAUACAACAAUCGUAGUACCACCUCCAACGUUAAAUGGAAGCUCAAGUAAGCCGAAUUCUGGAGAUGAGAUUGAGUUGAAUGUUCUCAGUGCUGACAUUGGAUUUACAUGUGGGUUUGCAAUUGUCGUCGGGUCACUUUUGUUUUGCAAGAGAUGGAGGAAAUGGUACUACAGAGCUAUGUUUAACAUCCUGUUCAAGAUAUUCCCUCAGCUGGAACACAGAUUUGGUAAUCACAGAAGGCAUUUUACAUAA